AUGGUCUGGCCAUUCACCUCCAACAAAGGCAAGGAGACCUCCGAGCUCACCAAAGAGCUUCCCGAGAACCUCAAGGGCUUCUUCGAGGAAAACAACCCCGACUCCAAGCACCAGUCCAUCUUCGAAGAGUCACCUCAUCAGAAACGAGUCAACCAGGUGCUACUCAAGCACCAGAAGCAGAAUACCCCGUACUCGUACGAACUCGAGCGUUACAAGCAGAAGGAAAAGCCACAGGUUGUCACUGCUGUCAACUGUGCGGAAAUCCAGCAGCAGGUGGUGGAUUGCUUCCGGUCGUUCAACCUUACUUCUACCACCCAGUGUAAGUUCGAAAUAGGCAAGACUACGGCAUGUGUGGAGAUCCAAAACCGAGCGUUGAAGAAGCUCUACUACGAGGACUGUGUAGACAUCGACCAGUGUGAAAAGAUUCGCUACAUUGUCGACAAGCUCUUCACUGAAAACUUUGGACAGUACGGAGACGAGGUGAACGAAGUGACAAAGGCCAAUUUUGACAAAAGCUUGGACGGCAUGUUCUACAAGGUGUGGAAGUAA